AAUGCUUUGCCUUCACUACCAGAAUUACAGUAUGUUCUGCAAACAAUAACAGCGAUGACUGCAGAGAACAGAUUUCUGAGGUAUAUGACGAUUAUUAUCAAUUUCUCUAAGGUUUUUUAAUCUAGAGAGAAAUGGUAGAAAAUGAGUCAGAGGCAGAAUAAUUAAAACUGCAAAGGGACCAUCUUGACCUGGGAGUGUAUAGUUUGAGCGUGGCUCUUGGUUGCUGUGUGCUAAAUCACUUCAGCAGAGAGAGAGAUGUAAAGGAUUGGCUAGCGCAGAAAGCAGCUUCAGAAUCUACCCUGUAAAUAGAGCAGUGUUGCAAAGCUCAGAGCCAGCUCAGAAAGGAAGACGCUGCUUGCAUUCGAGUGCCUGUGAGUGCAGGCAGCGGAGAGCAGUGAAAUCACACACUGCUCCAAGCUCUGCGAGGUGUGGGCAAGGACUUCUGCAAGGCAGAGAGUGGAGAAACAACUGCUCUUCAUUAUCUUCACUGGUCACUUCAUUUGGAUGAGACACGAGGGGGAAUAUUUACCUGGGUACAGGGUGAAAAUGAUUUGAAGUCAAGGAACUGCCUGAAAGUGCCUAAGCCCGGUAUUCUCAGCAACGAGCAGCGCUAGAAGGUGGAGGAGGAUGCUAAAGCUAGGUGUUCUCUGGAACCAAGCAGCCUAUCAAAGCUAAGACAGCAACUCUUUGGGACUUCUUGGGAUCAUAAUUCUAGGAAGAUCAACAACAAAUUCAGAAGUACUAUGGAUUCAAAAGCAAAAUAAUUGCCAAACUUCCAGCAGCCACAUCUACUUUGAAAGCCAGCUUGGGACACUGCUGGAAAACAUUCUGAAAGGAAACAAACUGUGCUGGCCAGGGCCUGGGAGAGCAGGUGGCCAAAAGAGGGCUUUCCUUCCUUGCGCCAUUAUGGUCUCUGGUUAAGUGUUCUUGUCCGUGUGUGGAAGAGGCCUCUGCAAGUUACUUCCCAGGUCUAUUGCCAAAAGCAAAGAAACCAUUUUGGAUAACAGUGUGAGUUGAUUAGCAGCCUUCUUGAAGAAUGUCUGGCCAGGACACUGAGGACUUUGGAGCAGACAACCUCUCAGAGAAGUCUCGGAUGAUUCCUAGCCUCCCGCCAUAUGACAUGAAUGACCAGCUCCUUCCCAGGGAACCGCGGAGUGCCUGGUGCUGCUUGGCAUGGACCCUGGUGGUAGUCACCAUGAACUCCUUGGUCUUUUUCGUUAAUUUGCUCCUGAUGUUUGUUAUCUUCACCGUUGUCCUGCUUCCUACCAUUGUGGUGGUUUACUUUGGCUUCCAAUGCCACUCUCGGGUGCUGCACUCAGCUGCCCGCUACUGCAGAAGCAUCUUGGAUGACAACAGUUCUUCUGCCCUCAUUAUCCUUGGCUUCGUCAUCAUGUCCCCUCUCAUUGUGGUGGCCAUGGCUAUCUACUGCAGCCUGGCAAGGCGUCUCCACCUCUUCAUGUGCUUCCAGCCGUACAGCAGGGCUGUGUACAAGGGCGUGAAGUGGCGCUGGUACGAGGAGGGAGGCCUGUGCAGCUGUGUCAAGGGGUGGAACACUCAAGUCAAGGCCUGGGUGUGAGUUUGCAGCAUCAGAGGCCCUGCCCUAGCCAGCACCUGCUUCUCCCUGCCCUGUCCAUCCCCACCGUCACCGUUACCUCCCAGAAUCACCAUCCUGACGCGUCUGCUGAGGAAGGCUGUGUAGCACUUAGAUGUGAGAGAAACGGAGGUCCAUUAAUGAGCCAGCUCCUACAGCUUUGUCUAAGAGGGUAGGAUUCUGCCCACCAUGGGUGAAAUACAGGAAAAAAAAACAAGUCCUUGAUGGUAAAGACAAUGUUCAGCCCUGAAAAAAAGAGGGAUUCUUCCCAGUGCCUGCGGCAUUCAGAACACAGCACUGUUUGCAGUCUUGGCAGCAUGUUCUGCCUCAGCUGGGACAUAGAGUACGUGUGUACAGGAUUGAACAGUGGCGAGAGCGGCUGCUGACUUUGCUACACACCUCGGAGAGGUCUCCUUGGGAAAGGCAGCCUUUGAAGCAUCCAGCCAAGGGGAAGCAACUGCGGUUUUCCCAUGCGUUGGACUGCCAACGCUCCUAACCUCUUGCGGAGGUGUCUGUGGGUCACUGCCUCUGUGAUGUUUGGGUUCUGCCACUUUCCUACGCAUCAGAUAUUUUUCCCCCACUUGGCAAUCCCUCUUCCCAUGUCUAUAGCAGUGCUUAUGCUCCUUUCACCGUUCCUCAGUCAGGUCACUGGGGUGGCUGUGGAAACAAAUGCUGAUGGUUGUGUUUCUUCCCUGCCAGCUGCUGAUCUGAAAUAUGCACGCCUGGUAACGGCUGAUGGUUAUUAACCAGCAAAUAGCUCCUUGUCCGAUAUGCUGUGCUCAGGUUUUGUCUGGGGCUAAACCUGGCUGAGGGUUCGGGUCAGUUUUAGGAUUCCUGGCAGGAAGAGAUGAAGACUCAUGGUGGCUGCCGAGUACUACAAGUUCUCCCUGAUCGGGGCUAAGAGCUUAUGCCUGUGAGGAACAGUGUAUAAUGCCUUGUUUUGAGGGUCACAGAUACCUCCCGUGAUCCUGCAGGACUCCCACUGGACCUGAACUGAUGCUUAGCAAAGUCAGCUGGAUCUCCCUUGUGAUUUCAGUGAUCUUGGAAGUAAUACCCUGGAUUCCUCUGUCAUAUGAUGUGCCAUAAAUUGCAACUGGGAGAAAAGCACAGUGUAUGUGAAAGGUAUGGCGGGUAGGGAAAAGCAUGAGCUUGAUGCAUGAUCCUUUUAAAAUCCCUGUGGGUCUCUGUAGUGUCUAGUUAGUGGGGUCUGUGUGCUGCUGAUCACUGCAAGCUCUGUACUCCCGCUGCCUGUUGUUCCCCUGCCUCCCAAAUAUAACUAUUUCAAGUGUUAUGUAUAAAUAAAAUCAUGCCAAAUCUCCA